AUGCACAUUCUCUCCGAGCCCGAUGUGGCCCAAAUUUUCCGUGGGUUGACCCAAGCUCAGUGCCAUGAGUUCCUUGACGUUCUAGGUAAAGGCCUAGUCACGAUCUCAACAGAAUCAAAGUCGAGCUUUCCUGAAUCCGAGAAACAGAUUCAUCAACCUCUCCGUACUGUUUUUGCCACCAAGGCAGACAACACAUGUAUCUUCAUGCCAGUUUCGGAUACCACGAGUACGGGCAUCAAGAUCGUGACGGUUGCUAGAGAUGGCAUCCAGGGCGUCAUUAAUGUCUUCUGUCCAGAUGGCCGCCUACAGGGUCUCCUGGCUGCCGCCGAAGUCACGGCGUUCCGGACAGCGUUGGCCUCGAUGAGUCUGUUUGUGCUGUGUCCUAUGCUCAAGAAGGAGAACAUCCUUGUUUUUGGAUCGGGACGUCAGGCGGAGUGGCAUGCCCGACUAGCCUUGCUGCUAUACCCAGACCAGAUCCGCCGAGUCACCUUCAUUAAUCGCGGGCGGGCGCGGUUGGAGGAGAUGGAGCAGGGUGUUUUUAGCGAUCUGCGCCAGCGAUAUCCCAGCUUGUCAGUGACUUCACUAGCUAAAGAAGGCACUGCAGACUACGAUGAAAGACUGCUCCAGGAGCUGCAAAGUUGCGAUGUGAUCUUCAGCUGCACUCCCUCCGUGGAGCCCAAUUUCUCGUAUUCCGCACUACAGUCCGCGCCUAAGCAGCGCUUUAUUUCGCUCAUUGGCUCGUACAAGCCUCAUAUGCAUGAGAUUGAUACAGAGACGCUUCUGUCGGGCGGUGGCAAGAUCUAUGUUGACUCGAAGUCCGCGUGUCUUGAGGAGUCGGGCGAGCUCAUCACGGCAAAGAUCGCGGAAGACCAACUGCUUGAAAUGGGCGAUCUUUUGGCGACUCUGGGGUCGUCGAGGGCAAUUGAUGUCCCGACUGGCGCCAACGUCAUUUACAAGUGCGUGGGCAUGGGCUUGAUGGACCUUGUGGUGGGGAAGAAGGUGUUGGAACUUGGAAAUCGGAGAGAACUGGGUACUCACGUCGAUGGAUUUUAA